UACAAAUUCACGACCAUAGAUGGAGAGCUCGAUCUUUUUUCUUUGACAGCUUUGUGGAUGCGUGUAAUGUGUGAUGAUGUGUUAUAUCGAGCAAUUCAACAGCUGAUCGUUUAUUUUGGAUGGAGACAGAAUAUGCAUGGUUUCAACGGAAUAAAACGCAAUUACCAAGUUAUCGUAUCUCAGCGUUGUCAGUAAUAUUUCUUGUUGUGAAAAAUCUUCGUUGUCCAGAAAAUAUGUGAAACUAAAGAGUGGACUUUGAAUUUAGCUCGCGAAGAAAUAUAAAUUGAAUAUAUCUCUACAAUAUAUCUUUACAAAUAUACAAGUUGUGCAAUAAUCAAAGUUGAACAAUCGAGACGAACGUAACCACAGACAUGUCAACAUUAUCAGAGAAUCUUACGAUUAAGCAACCAAUUAGGCGUCUGGAAAUUCAGAUUAAUAAUUUCAACGUUGCUAUACCACAUCACGUGAAUUUGUUGAAGCGACAUAGGAACAAUAUCAAAAAAUAUCAAAAUCAACAUAAUUGGGAACAAAUACGGAAGGAACAUGUAAAUGUCUCUAGGAUUAUCAAGCAACUAAAAGAAUUGUUGUAUCAGAUGGAUACUCUACGAGCACAGGUUCUUGAUGUUGACAUUGAUAAAUUUGAUAAACUGACAACAAAUGCACGAUCAAGUAUCAUGAGCGCCAUCGAGGAGUAUUUAGAGAUGGAAAUGAAUUUUUCAACAUUACCACCUGAGUCACCUAAAAGUGAAUCAGAAGAGAUACAACAUCCACUCGAUAAUAGCAAUAUUCAGUUGCAAGCAGAACAGGAAGAUCUGCAACGUCAGCAAAUAUGUCUGCAUGUCUGGAAUCGUCUGCAUGGAGAAAUACAACAUUUACAUGAACUCUUUAUUGAAUUUAAUAAAAUAGUACAUGAUCAGAAAGAAAUGGUGGACAAUAUGGAAGACAAUAUUGAAGAGACUCAAAUAAAUGUAAAUGAAGGUACGAGGUUCCUGCAAAAAGCUUCUGCAUAUAAAGUUGCUGCAUAUCCCAUAGCAGGCGCUAUGUUAGGUACAUGUAUUGGUGGACCAAUAGGUUUAUUAGCUGGACUGAAAAUUGGUAGCCUUGCUGCUGUAGGUUGUGGUAUUUUAGGUUUUACAGGAGGAUCAUUAUUAAAAAAGAAACAGAUAGAGUCACAGAAACAAGAAACAUAUUUAGAUGAAACGAUAAUAGAUCUUAAAAGUGUUAAAAAAUCUGCCUCUUGCCCUGAUAAUUUGAAACAAGACAAAAAACAUUUGUGACAAACGAUGACUUUGUCAACGUGCGAUAUCAAUUUUAAACAUAAAAAGAAAUGCACUGUUAUAUAA